AUGCAACUUCCUUCCCAUCCUUCAAAACUUGCUUCUCAGUCGGCUCCAAUACCAAGUCUUGGAAAUAGCCCGUCUCUUCAAUCAUCCGCUUCUUUGUCAGUAGAUCAAAACAAUAACAAUGACUUAAAACGCGUCUUGGAUUCAUCCCAUUAUGACUCCACAGAGUCAAGCUCCCCUAAAAGACCCUUCCCAGAAGCUUCUUCAUCUGCUCAAAAACCCGUCCAUGAUGAUCCCUAUUCCAGUGCUCUUUCUGAAAUUAAUGACACUGAACAACUACAAUUUUUGGCUCUUCAGCUUAACCGCUCGGACUCUCAAACCUCUUCCUCAGCUCCCCCCUCUUCAUCUGUCCUUUCUUCAGUAAACAAGGAACACAUAAGAUCACAAUCCUUACCUCAACAGCAGCAACAGCAACAACAACAACAACAACAGCAACAGCAGCAACAGCAGCAACAGCAGCAACAGCAGCAACAGCAGCAACAGCAGCAACAGCAACAGCAGCAACAGCAGCAGCAGCAGCAGCAACAACAACAACAAUCAUACCAACCUAUGCAACGCUCUCAAAGCCCUGUUCACUCAGACUUGGAGGUCCUUCGUCAGGUAGCUACCUCGGACCAUAUUUUGCAGUACGCAAACAACCAAAUGGAAAGCAACCAAAUUCAUGAAAAUACAAAUAGCUUUGUCACAACCUCCCAUUUCUUCAAUAUAAACAACCUCCCACUCACUGCUCCUGCUCAAAAUGGUAUUGACUACACAGCUUACCAACUUCAAGAUCCAAUUACAAACCUUCGUGUUAGAAGUAUCCCCAUACUAGAUAACCUAGCAACCCAAAUCUUAAAUACCCUUACAAAACCUGGCCAUCUCGAUAGUCUUGGUAUUGCCACAUCCCCAGAAACUGUAGAAGGCCAAGCUUUCCAAGUCCUUAUUUCUCUAUUCACCCAAACAAAAACAAUUUAUUGUGAUACUGAAUUUAUCAAUUCUACUGAAAUAGGCCUCGAUAAAGAACCCUUUUGUCGCCAAGUUAUACAAAAGGCUAAUCUCGCAACUUUUGUUGCUGCUCUUUUUGGUGUAUACCCAAUGAGUUUCUAUCUCCUCGAUUACCACUUUCUAGAAACUUUUGUUCACCCUGGCUCUCGUCUUUUAAAAUUUCAAGCAGCCUUAUAUCUUGAUCUUAAAACUCAAGCUUACAUUGUCACUGUUCAACAACGUGACGACCCCAGAGAAUUUGUUCUCAAUCAUACCUUCCCUGAUAACAUUGCAGAGGUCCUUCUCUCUCGUCGUCAUGCAGAUACUCUGGCGCCAAGCGAAAGUGACUUUGUACAACGAGUAAAACGCCGAAAAGAACACCUUGCUGCUCUCCCUCCAGAAACAGAUCUUUCCCAAAAAUAUCGCUGGCUUACAUUUAUUCGCGACAUUGCUGAUUAUGUUAAUAAAAACCUAAAUGUCAUUUUAACAGGAAAAGCUGCUAAAUCUUCAUCUGCAAGUUCGCAAGCUGCUAAAUCAGACUCUGUAGGCCCUCGCCGCAGAUACAUUGAAAAACCCAGAGAUGAAGAUGGACACAACAAAAUUCAUGGCCUUUCUAUGAUUCAAGAUAAAAAUUCUAAUAAUAACAAUACUAAUAAUGAAGAUACACCUGAUUCAAAUGAAUACGAUUCUCAAGAAGACUUUGGUCGUAAUAGAAAUGGUAUUCUUAACUCGGUGGAACCUUCAGUUCAGCAAUCGGCUCAAGAUCGGACUGAACAGCAGCAACAACAGUCUCAGCAGCAGACUCAACAGCAACAGGCCCAACAACAGCAAACCCAACCACAGCAAUCAUUUGCUUCCUUUACCCCUCCAACACGACCACCCUUUUCUCAACGACAUCCGUGGUCGCCUGCUGAAGAAGCUGCUUUGCUUAAAGGUCUUUCUCUUGUCAAGGGUCCCUUUUGGAGUCAAAUUCUUGAACUUUACGGCCCUGGUGGGAGCCUCUCCGAGGUUCUUAAGGACCGAAAUCAAGUCCAGCUUAAAGACAAGGCGCGUAACCUCAAAAUAUACUAUCUCAAAACAAAUACACCUAUGCCCGAGGUCCUCAAAGAUGUUACAGGUGACGUCCGAUCGCGUGGUGCCGGUGUCAAACGUGCUCGUCGGGGGAGAUCUACUCCAGGAACUGCUACUUCUACGGCUACUUCUACCCCUGCUCCUACUUCGAUUCCUGCCGUUGCUUCCAAUAAUCAGACUACACCACUUGUUGGUACAAGUAAUUCCAUAUCCAGCUCCACAAUAGUAGUUGCUUCUUCAAAUCCAGCUACUUCUAACAAUGUGCUGCCGCCUAAUUAUCAAGCUCCCAUGGGAAAUGUGAUUCAACAACAAACACCUCCAGUCAAACCCACACCCAAGGCUACAAGGAAAAAGCCCACCAAGUCUGCAAACCCACAACCAGUACAACCAGUACAACCCGCACAACCAGUACAACAGCCAACACCACAACCAGCUCUACAACUGGCCCCAACUUCUGGACUCUCGCAAAAUCUGCAAUCUACUUCUUCCCAACAGUCUUCUCUACCAUUAUCGUCCAGUGGUCCAUCCCAGCAUCCAGUUCCAGCUACUGAUCCCUCUAAGCAAAAUACCCCUAAACCUGUAAAUGAACCGGUCUUGCCAAAUAAACUUUUGGAAACUUCACCCAGCCAACCUCUGUCAGUUUCUCAGCCACCCAAAGUCUCAAGUGCAGAGAAACCAGACACACCAGCUGCAACCUCUCCUACGCAAAUCACAACAUCUGCACCAGAGUCAGCCACUAUUUCAGUCACAGCUUCUUCUUCGACCCCAGUACAGACUUUACCAGCAAGUCAGAAAUCAGUUUCACCAGAACCAAUUACUUCUAUCAGCUCACUUACCUCGGAUAUUCGGGAUUCCGCAGUCACGAAGUCUCCACAGUUAAACCCUUCCGAUUCAGCUUUGCCAAACUCUACAGAGACUGCACCUGCUUCCUCUACGACCUCUACCACCUCUACCACUGCUACCACUGCUACCACUGCUAAUACUGCUAAUACUGCUAAUACUGCUAAUACUGCUAAUACUGCUAAUACUGCUAAUACUGCUAAUACUGCUAAUACUGCUAAUACUGCUAAUACUGCUAAUACUGCUAAUACUGCUAAUACUGCUAAUACUGCUAAUACUGCUAAUACUGCUGCUACUUCUACUACUGCUGCUACUUCUACUACUGCUGCUACUUCUACUACUGCUGCUACUUCUACUACUGCUGCUACUUCUACUACUGCUGCUACUUCUACUACUGCUGCUGCUUCUGCUACUUCUACUACUUCUACUUCUAAUCCUACUUCGGUCAUUGAGAAAGCUUCUGAGUCCAAACUACUAGAAACCUCUAAAGACAAGUCGCAGGACUUCUCUCCUCUAGACCUUCCUCGUUCUUCUCAUAAUUCAGUUGACGAAAGUUUGUCACUUGACUCGCUUAUCAAACAGGUUGACGCCUAUAUAAACAACGAAGGCAAUCUAAAUCUUGAAAUUUCUAAACAAAAACAAUUUACAAAUGCAGAAACAGUUAAUUCGACAGAACCUGUCACAGAGCAACCAUUAUCUACAGGUGAUAAUACAACCGCCAAACCUGAGGAUAAGUCACACAAUGACGAAGAAGACGACGAGGAUGAUGAUUCUGCGGCGCGUAUCAAAGAACUUGACGGACUUCUUGGAGAAUCCCAUGUUUCAGAUGACGAAGAUUCUUCUCGACCACAGGAAACUGAUAUUUUGCGCCAGUUUGAGCAUGUUCUAGAGCGUGAAAUUCAAAUGGAAAAAGAGGCGGAGAAACUUAACCAAGAUAAAGACAAGCCUACGGCUUCUCUGCCUACUGAUGACGAUGAUGAUGAUGAUUUAGAAGAUGUAAGACGGGUUGAAGCCGAAAUUGAGACAGAGACUCAGCAGCUUUUAAGUAGAAUUAUGGACCAGCAACAACAAGAGGAAACAGAAGCCAAUGUGGAGGAGCAGCCAACCGCGUCUACGAAAGCUGAAGAUGAGUCUGGUUCUAUAGCCACGAAUAAUAAUAAUGAAGAAGAAGAAGAAGAAGAAGAUACUUCAAUGCUCGAUGUUUCUGAUGCAUUGCAGGCUGUGCGUGAUGCAAUCAUGAGUGAAACGCAAGCUAGUGUCAAGAUUAAAGAAGACGAGUCUGAAAAGGGUCAUGAUGGAGAUAUUGAAAUGAAAAGUGCUUAA